AGAACAUGCAGAAGGAGCUGGAGCAGUUCUUUGGGGAGUGCCAGAAGCAGCAGUUUGGUGCCAAGGAAAUGCACACCAUAUGCCAACCUCUGAUCUGGCGGAUACGCUGGGCCAAGGCGCAACGAUGGCUGCUUCUUUUGCUGCCCCUGUUUCUGGUUUAUCUGCUUUGGUUGUACUGCGACGCCUUUGCCUGGUGGCUGAGUGCCUUCGGAAGGCUGCUGCUGGUCCAGGUGCUGCCCUACUGGGACUGGACACCACACUACCAUGGAAAGUGCCUGAUCCCGCGGGGCGAGCAGCGUGUGGUGGAGCAGUUGCCAGCUCUGGGCAGGCAUGAGACCCUGCGGGAGAAUUGCGUGCUCUGCGAGUCGCUGGAGGGCAUUGCCACCGCAUCCAAUGUCAGCUACUCAAUGCUGGAGUCGCAGUUCCUGGAGCGUGGCCUACCCGUCAUUGUACCCGAUGUCGACCUGGAAACGGAUCUGGAUAGUCUGUUGGCACUCAUAGACGACACGGCGCCAGAGAUGAUCUCCAGCGAGGCCUGCGACGUGUCCAGCAAUCUCCUGCUGAGGAAGCUCUUCAGCGUAGAUGCGGCACUGCAGAAGAUUCGCUCUCUCCAGGCCCAGCCAUCGACUCCGUGGCACCUGCAGCUGCGCAACUGCCAGUGGCGGGCGGUGAAGGCAUCGCGACUCUAUCUGAAGCGUCCCUACUUCUAUCCCCUGCACCUGGAGCCCUACUACUCCAGCUGGCUGCUGAUAUCGCACCAGCAGGGCAGACCACAGACGGAGAUUGAUGUGCGCGGCCUGAUCUUUGUUCAGCAGUUAAGCGGACACUUUGAGCUGGAGCUUCGACCCAAGGAUCCGUGUGACGAGGGCCUGUGUCCCAGUCUAAUGAUGCGCCUCAACGCAGGCGAGGGCUUGGUCUUCUCCACAGACCUGUGGCUCCUCAGCUAUGGUCUGCAGAAGCCCGAUCCAAUGCAGAGUUCCAUUGCCAGCAUUUUCGAGGUGGAUUGGCAGUUGUAGAUACAAAAACUUCUUUCCAUGUACUAAGUUUAGUUUUAGCCGCUGAAUAUUCUUA